CAGAUCAUUGCCAUCUGAUCAGAUGAACAUUUUGGCUCUUUUGAUGAAAAAGAACGAUUUUUGGACUCAUUUUAACUACAUUCUGGAAGACUGCUCUGUAUUCAAACCUUAUCUGAGAAUGUAGUCCAUGUUGUAAUGAAAAGUUUAUUUUCCCAAGGAGUUUGCGUUAGAAUGAAUGAAUUUGCUAGCGCCGAAACUGAAACAACAGAGGAUUACUGAACUGCUAUUCACCGCAAAGCACUGUUUUGCGUGAUACGCGGUCACCCAUCUGUUGUCCGGUGCAUUGGUCGUCUCAAGUCAGAUUAUAUCAAUACUGCUUUAUACUUUGCUCGUCUGGGGACAAUCUUCUGCUGCUUUAUGUUCUUUUUUGCACCACUGUUUUCCCGUCUUCAUCCAUCUGAAUUAGAAAUUUGGUACAGAAGAGCGCUACUAGCAAGUGCAGCAACAUCAGCUUUGCGUUUGCAUCAGCGAUUGAAAAGCCUAAAUACAGGAUUUUCUCGACAGGUGCUAGAAGUCUUGAUCGCUGAAGAUUCAUCUCACUAUUUGCUCUAUUCCAUUAUGUUUGCUAUUUUGCCACCAGUGACAGUUUCCUUAGUGCCUGUCUUCCUCUUCGCUCUGUUGCACGUGGCAAGUUUCACUAAUACUCUUCUGAAUGUAUCUGUUUGUACAAAUAACGGUGCUACAGGUGAUGGUCCAGAGGUCUCAACGCGUUCACAGAAUUCAUCCUAUUUUCAUCAGACAUUACAAAAAUUAGUCAAUAAAGUAAAGUCAAAUGAUCAGAAUAUUUUGCGUAUAAUUGCACUGAACGAGAUAAUGCUGAUGAUAGUAUGCAUAUUUAUGGCUAUUUCUGGACCUAGGAUUUUUGUUCUGCCUUUUAUUUAUUAUCCAUUCUUGAAAAUGCGUUAUAACUCAAGACGUAAUCCUUAUACUCGCAACGCGUUUUUGGAAUUACGCAUUGCAUUGCAAAAUGUCGCCUACCAUUCAAAAUGUCCGGCAUUCGUUUCACGUAUGAUUUAUGGGCUUAUCACUAUUGUGUCUCGGCUUGGAUCAAGUAGUUAUACAGGAAACUAA